CUCAUUAAAAUAAUUUGUACAUUGCUACAAGUCAGCUUGGAAAGCCUUCAGGGAUCCCUGCUGACUUUGCAGGGAUCACUUCAGUGUUUUCAAGGAUAAUUUCACACUUUGUGAAGUGCCAUCAUAAGUAGGCUGUACAGCAUUCCAUGGUGACAGAGCCCAGGACUUCCACAGAAGGUUACAUCCCUCUGCACUGUGGUGGGAGCAGCAGAGCACACCAGGAAAGAAGGCAGGAUGACAAGGAGGAGGUGAGGAAUAGUAGAAGGCCCUCAGUGAAUUAGAGAGCCAAAGGGAGGGAAGCACUGAGCAAGGACUGCUGUUCACCUGGCAGACAGCUCUUUGGGCUGAAGAUGCUGUUGCCCUAAACUGUUCAUCCUGCUUCUGCUGGAGAGUGCCCCUUUCCAGGCAGGGGUGAACGUGCUGUCCUGUCCUGGGCACAGCUCUGCUUAGUGCCUGCUCUGCAUUAAUUCCUCUCCUGUUUGUGUGCUGGGCUCUGUAGUGCUCAUGCAAACAGCUUUGCUGGCAGAAUGCUGAAACCAGCAGCUUCCUUCUUGUGGGCAGGGCUGGAGCAGGGCAGCUAGCUGCACCAUGCUGGGGCAGGUUAGUAAAGGAAAAAAACAGUGGAGAGAACUGGGAUAAACUUGAAAUGAAAGCAACAAAGCCUCUUGCAUGCUUUCAGCCUCCCAUUUACUGCCAGAGAGCUGGCUAAUAAUGGAAGGGAAUAAAAGCAUCUAAAUUUUUCAUCUGUCGAGACCUCGCUGUCCUGACAUGUGGAGAGAGAAGUUUGCUGUGAACAGUUUGGGAAAGCCAUGGAGAUGUGAUUCAUUUGGGAGAUGGAAGAAACAGCGGAGCAGCUUUUCUAGGAUCUGAUUAUUGAUCUGUGCCCAUUACACUGGGGCUGAUGUCUGAUACUGUAAUAUGCUAAUGUAAAGUAAUGGAGUGUUAUUUGCAAGAGAGUUGGCACUCAUAUAAUCUCUGACUUCAGCUGGGGAAAACAGAAUGCUCAAGGCUGGACAUGGCUCUGAUUUAGGGGAAGGAGGAAACAUGAAACUCCAGGCAGCUUUCCCACUCAGCGUAUCGAUCAAAACCCUCAGAAAGGCAUUUGCUGUAAUAUGCAACGAGAAACUCUUGGUUGAGGCAUUUUUCCAGUUAGAACUCAGAUGUUCUUUACCCUUGGAAAGUAGUUCUCUGGAAUUUGGCAGUGGGUUGGGAAGUCAGAGCAGUGCCAGUGAGUCCUGUGGAUUUGCAUCUCCUGGGCUGUGUGGACAUCGCAGUGGAUCUCUAGAGGCGACGGUUUCGUAAGUCCAGUUUACAACCUUUGUCCACUCAGGGGUAUUCCUUCUGCUUUUGAAGCAGGAAAUUGUACUUUCCACUACUUCAGUAUUGAGAAGAUUCUGAGCACUCUCAAAGGACUUGACUGGCAUAGAGUCCAUGGACCAAUGUCGCCACACACUGGAGCAGCACAACUGGAACAUAGAGGCAGCUGUGCAGGACCGACUGAACGAGCAAGAGGGUGUCCCAAGUGUCUUUAAUCCUCCUCCCCUGCGGCCGUUGCAGGUCAAUACAGCUGACCACAGGAUCUACAGCUACGUUGUCUCAAGGCCACAGCCAAGGGGCCUGUUAGGAUGGGGUUACUACUUCAUAAUGCUUCCAUUCCGAUUUACCUAUUACACGUUACUUGAUAUAUUUAGGUUUGCUCUGCGUUUUAUACGCCCUGAUCCUCGUAGUCGGGUCACCGACCCAGUGGGUGACAUUAUUUCGUUUAUUCAUAUGUUUGAGGAAAAAUAUGGGAGGAUACACCCAGUCUUCUACCAGGGGACUUACAGCCAGGCCCUGAACGAUGCCAAGCGGGAGCUGCGCUUCCUGUUGGUUUAUCUUCAUGGGGAUGACCACCAGGACACAGAUGAGUUCUGCCGCAAUACACUGUGUGCACCUGAGGUCAUCACCCUCAUCAACACUAGAAUGCUCUUCUGGGCUUGCUCAACCAAUAAACCAGAGGGAUACAGAGUGUCGCAGGCCCUGCGGGAGAACACGUACCCCUUCCUGGCCGUGAUCAUGCUCAAGGACCGCAGGAUGACCGUGGUUGGGCGGCUGGAAGGCCUCAUCCAGGCUGAUGACCUCAUCAAUCAGCUGAUGUUCAUCAUGGAUGCCAACCAGACAUACCUGGUGUCCGAGCGCCUGGAAAGGGAAGAGAGGAACCAAACCCAAGUCCUGAGGCAGCAGCAGGACGAGGCAUAUCUGGCAUCCUUGCGUGCAGACCAGGAAAAGGAGCGCAAGAAGAAGGAGGAAAGGGAGAGGAAGAAGAAGAAGGAGGAGGAAGUGCAGCAGCAAAAACUGGCAGAGGAGAGGCGGCGGCAGACACUGCAGGAGGAGAAGGAGCGGAAGUCGGAAUGCCUUCCUCCAGAACCGCAUCCCGACGACCCGGAGAGCGUCAAGAUCAUUUUCAAGCUGCCUAACGAUUCCAGAGUGGAGCGGCGAUUCCACUUCACACAGUCACUGACGGUGAUCCACGACUUCCUGUUCUCCUUGAAAGAAAGCCCUGAGAAGUUCCAGAUUGAGGCCAACUUCCCUCGCCGUGUCCUGCCCUGCCUCCCUACAGAGGAGUGGCCCAACCCCCCCACGCUGCAGGAGGCGGGACUCAGCCACACGGAAGUCCUCUUUGUGCAGGACCUCACGGACGAUUGACACUUCUUUUUGGUUUUGUUUUUGUUUGGUUUAUUGUUCCGUUUGGUUUUUUUGUUUUGUUUUGUUUUGUUUUUUUUUUCCAGAAGACACAAAAACGGAAAGAGAAAUUCAUAUUAUUAUUAUAAUACAAUAUUUUUUUUAAAAGACUGCGUACAAACGAGGGAUCAGAGACCACAUGGCCUGUGCCAGCUGUGCCGCGUGCGCGCGCACGGCCAGCCCCUGCACGGGGGGCACACGGGGGGAGCUGCUGUUGCCCCUCCGCCCUCCCUGGGGAGGAACAGGAAUGGCAGCUCUUGGUAAUUAUUGCUUUUAUUGAUGACAAUAAUAAUAAAACCCCGGCAACCCAACAUCUUGUGAGGAUUUGAUACUCUGCUGCUCCUGAGAGACACAAGACCGAGCACCGGAACGUGCUGGGAUUGGGGUGGGGGGAAAGGGCUGGACAGACUCUAUUCAGCUUCCCUCUGUGUAUAAAUACUGUUCUUUUAAUAUUUCUCUUGCUUUGUAAUGACCAAAGGAGAUUGGGGUUGACUAUAGUAUUAACUUUUUGAUAAAGAGCUGGUUCGAUUCUUACCCAUGUGGGGCCUUGCCCAGGGUUCUUAGCCUGCGUAGUGUAAUAAACUCUGCCUCUAGCA